UUGACGUUUAGCUGAUUUUUCCACAAGACUUAAAUUUUGUCUUCAUCGACUACCAUUAUUAAUUGUGAGAAACUAAUUUUUCUUUAUUUUCUAUAACGAAAAAUAUCUUAGCGUUAAAUUAAAAUAAUGGCGAGCCUUGCAACAAAAGGAUCCACCUUAGUAAACAAACUGCUGGUACAAGCAAGACCCCAACUUGAGACUUUUCUUAAGUACGCAAAAGUGGAGCUAACACCACCCACCCCAGGUGACAUUCCAGCUAUUCGUCAAGGAAUCGGUCGUCUAAUUAAUGGUGCCCGUACUGGCGCAUACAAAAAUCUGACUGUAAAAGAGGCAUGGUUGAACACUCUAGUUACCGCCGAGGUUCUUUUCUGGUUUUAUAUUGGUGAAUGUAUUGGCAAACGUCACUUGGUGGGUUAUAAGGUCUAAGGACUUU